CUUACCAUAGCUGACGAGCAUCCCGCAUACCUGCCCAAGUCGUAACAUAGUCUACUGUGUCUAACAAAAAUAAAGGGAAAAAAGAAGAAAAAAAAAAAAAAACGUAUUUGAACGCUUGUUUGUGUCUUGACUCUGUGGUGAUCUUGUUAGGCUCAGGCUUUACGGCACUGAUCCGCCGGAUCUCGUGGCCGAGUCUCUUUCUCUCUCCAUCGUCCCACCGAAAACCUUUAUUAUCCAGUUGUAGAUCAAACAUUCAACGCCAAAGGGUUACUUAAGUGAAUCCGCGCAAGAAAGAAAGAGUAGAUGAAAGGGCACGAGAAAUUGACUCUGCUUCUAUGCCUAAUAUGGACUGCAACCAUCCUUUACGGCGAGAUGUUCUCCUUUUACAUGCCGUUUCUCUUCUCUUGCUCUUGGCCUCACCUUUCCUCAUCCUCUUCUUCCAAUCCCACUAUGAACGGAAAAGGUUAUGCGGCUGAUUAUGUCAAAGUUGCUGUUAUUGCUGAUCCACAGAUCAUGGACAAAACCUCCCUUCGCCUGCCGUCUAAAUCACUUGCUUUGGAGUUUGUACAAUUCUAUACAGAUUUGUUCAUGCGCAGAGCCUUUUUCUCAUCCAUCCUUCCUUUCAAACCAGAAGUGAUUUUGUUUUUGGGUGAUUAUUUUGAUGGAGGUCCUUAUUUAUCAGAUGACGAAUGGCAGGAAUCGUUAAGCCGUCUGAAGCAUAUGUUUGGUCUAAAUACAGAAGAAAUACAUUCCACUGUUAAAGUUUACCACCUUCCUGGAAACCAUGAUAUUGGUUAUGCAACUCUUCAGUCUCAUAAACCAGAGGUGGUUAGACGGUAUGAAAAAGAAUUUGGGAGCAGAAAUUAUCGAUUCAUGGUUGGAAAAGUGGAGUUUGUAGCUGUUGAUGCUCAAACUGUGGAUGCGAAUCAAGAAGGAAGUGUUGCUUCAGCAACUUGGGAUUUUGUUAGCAAUGUCUCAUCAGAUCGUCAAUUACACCCAAGAGUUUUGUUGAGCCAUAUUCCAUUAUAUCGGCGGGAUUGGACCGAUUGUGGACCACAUCGUGGCUCUCCAAUUAUCAAUCAGCGAAUACGGCAUAAUAUUUAUGAUAAAGAAGUAAGUUAUCAGAACUACAUCACUGAGGAAUCAUCUAACCAAUUGCUAAACUUAAUCAGACCAGUUAUUGUUUUAUCUGGUCAUGAUCAUGAUCAGUGUACAGUGGCUCAUGAGUCAAAGGGUGGACCUGUAACAGAGCACACUUUAGGGACUAUAAGCUGGCAGCAAGGGAACCUCUAUCCAUCUUUCAUGCUGUUAUCUGCUAGAAACUCUCCACUCUCAGAUACAUCGUUGCCAGAAGAAGCUGUACUUACUCGUCUGUGCUUUCUUCCAAUGCAAACACACAUUUACAUAUGGUAUAUAGUACUAUUUGUUUUGACCAUCCUUUCUCUCCUUCUGUGGCCAACAAGUGGUCUGAGCUUUUGUUAUCAUCGAUUUGAUGAUAUGGUGGAAUGUGUCAGAAAGUUGAUAAACAUGUAUAGAGAUGAGACAAAAGAGAAAAAUGAAGACGAAAAUUGCGAGUAUGAGAUGAUUUGGGGUGCAGAUGGAUCGAUGCAUCUUGUCAAAAAAGUUUUAACCCGACCUGUCACACGCACAAAUGAUAUAGGCGCAGUAGAGAGGGGCAAUGCUGUGAUGAGAGCAACUGCUAAAAAGAGUGUUAAUCAGCUGACAGAGGUCUGCUUGAGUAUGGAAACAAAUGCAGAUUCUGAGGUUGAUCCAAAGAAGCUACCACCUAGAGCAAGCAAAUCAAAGGCGAAGGUGGUAAUAAAGAGAUUUGUCCGCACAUUCCGAAUGCUUAUUCUCAUUGCUGCGGCGAACGUUCCUCUAUACAUGAUGUUGUUGUUCAAAGAUUGGAUUGACAAAUAAUCGUAUCAAACAUGGUGAUAUUAUGCAAAACUGAGUUUCUCCUUUAUACAGUUAGGCAUAUCAGGCUAGUAGUAAAGCUUCAAUUUGAAUUGCAAGUUGAUCUUUUGUUUUUCUCUAAUAUUCUAACUAAUAGCUAGAAGCGAGUCCUCUUUUUUGCAUAUUAUGUGGUUUAUAAUUUAAAGCUUGAGAAUGUGAAGAUAAUUUCUUAAUGCUUCAAUUUUAUUAGGGAAAAUCCCGAAAUUACACA